AUGAACAACACAAUUGACGACCAGUUAUCCACGUCCGAUGUCUCCUUGCUGAGUGGGACCAACUCACCAACUGUCUCAAACACCAAUGGCGAAUCAAAGAACUUUGACUUGAAACUGCAGUUAAAUUUCUUGAUGGAACGACUUAACCAAAUAUCUCCAGAAAACUAUGAGAGAGACGAAGAGAUUCAGGAGAGAGAAGAAGCGAUUGAAAUUCUCAAAAAAGAGCUCGAGAUACUGGCAGAAUUACACGAUAAAGAUAUCGAAGCCUUUGAAGAGCACAUGGCUAAAGCUCGAGCCGAAUUCAACGAACAAAAGCAGUUGAAACAAGAAUUAGUUGAGGUACUUGAAAAUACCGAAAAGUAUUGCCAAGAUGACCUCACUAAGCAGCGCGACGACCUGAUUGUUUCUAUCAGAGAGCGAGAUGUGCGACUUGCGAGUUUACAAGGUAACUUCGAGCAACAAACAGACACAAUGGAAAGAGAAAAAGAUUUGCUGUUGGAGGAAAUAGUAGAAUUGAAAGACACAAUUCAUGAUCUCUUCGAUGCAUUGAAUAGACAAGAGGAAAAUGUCAUCGAAUUAAAGAACCAUCGGUGGAUGACGCUGCUGGUUACCAGAUCUUUGAUGCCUUUCAAUUUCUUCCAAUUGCGAUAA